AAAUAUACACUAACCACUUCUCCUCUUACACUAGUCUGAGAAACCUCGCCGUCGUUAGAAGAAGAAAAUGGGAGUAUUCACAUUUGUUUGCAAAAGCAAAGGCGGAGAAUGGACCGCUAAGCAACACGAGGGAGACCUCGAAGGCUCCGCUUCUUCCACCUACGAUCUCCAGCGCAAGCUUGUUCAGACUGCUCUCUCCGCCGAUUCCUCCGGUGGCGUUCAGUCUUCCUUCUCCCUCGUCUCCCCUACCUCCGCCGUCUUCCAGGUGAUCAUCGGUGGUGGUUCAGGAGGAGGAUUUGCUGCCGGUGGAGGUGCAGCAGCUGGAGGCGGUGGUGGAGGUGAGGCUGCCGCAGCCACAAAGGAGGAAGAGAAGAAGAAGGAAGAAUCUGAAGAGGAGGAAGGAGACUUUGGAUUUGAUCUCUUUGGUUAAGAGCCCAACAAAAACAACAACAAACUCUUUCGAAGUGUUUUACUUUUUGAGAUUUUCUGUUUCUAUUAUCUUGAAUUGUUUUUUUUUUUAGAUUGAACUCUAUGCAAGAAUACUUUAAUGUUAUGUCAGGAAUACACGUUUGGUUUCUGGUUUUAAGUUAAACCCAUAUGAUGCA